CACAGCCCCGGGCUGUCACCGCGCCGAUAGGCUCCCGCCCGGGGGCGGUGGCAACGGUGACGGCGAAGGGCGGCCGCUUUCCGGGACCAGGCUCCGCCUGCCCGCGGCCGGGCUGGGUGCGAGCGGCGGGGCGGCGAGAUGGCGGCGUCCCUGGGGCGCGCAGCGGCCGGGCUUCUUACCAGAUUGCAGACUUCAACUCCCACAAUACAAACUCUAUCAUCAUCGAAUUCCUUUUCUCAAAACAUUCCAAGCUGUUUGUGGAAACUGGGCCGACUUAAUCAUGUAGCAAUUGCUGUACCUGACUUGGAGAAAGCUCAGUCCUUGUACAAAGAUGUGUUAGGAGCACAGGUGAGCGAGACUGUUGCUCUCCCUGAACACGGUGUCUACACUGUUUUUGUGGAGCUGGGAAAUACCAAGCUGGAACUUCUACACCCUUUAGGAGAGAAAAGUCCCAUUGCAAGCUUUCUGCAAAAAAACAAGACUGGAGGAAUGCAUCAUAUCUGUAUUGAGGUGGAUGACAUAAAAGCGGCCAUGACAGAACUGAAGAAAAAAAAAAUACGAAUAUUGAGUGAAGAGCCAAAAAUAGGUGCACAUGGCAAACCUGUGAUUUUUCUUCACCCUAAAGAUUGCCACGGAGUCCUUGUGGAACUCGAGCAAGCUUGAGCUGUAAUAUUCAUAAAUAAAACAAUAGAUGUGCUGUGAAGUUACUGAGCUGGUGCUGGGAAUAUUGAUGUGGUAUUCCGUUUUUACAAGUUUGCUGUAGUUCCUGUGGAUUAAGUACAGCUUUUGAGUACUGAAAUAGUGCUACAGAUUUAGGGUCAUUUUCUUUUUGUUGUUGUUGUUGAUCUGAUUUUUAGAAUGAAUAUGUUGAUAUUUCUUGAUUUCUCUGUGAUUCUAAAGACAAAUACAUGAGCCGUUACAUAUGUAACAUAGUAAUUUAUGUUCUGUGGCCUCAUGUUUGCAACAUGGUUUUACCUCUGUAACCACAGAAACUGUACAGUUUCUAGGUCAUCCCACAUUAUUUUGUUCUACAUUUCAGAGCAGAGACCCACUUCUUAGUGACAACAAUAUAGUUUAGAUAUUUCCUUCAGAAAUAAAGGAAAAAAGGAACAUUGUAUUUUCAGUUUUCACCAUUCAAGGUAUGUGCUACACACUGAUUGAUUGAUUCAUGCAACAAAAAAAAAUGCUGAUGUUAUUGUAUGGAUGUCUGCAACCAGUAAAUAAGUUUUCCUUGGCAUAACAGUUACUGCCAGGGAAGUUACCAUGCAUAAAUCAUUAUUUAGUUGUUUUAUGAACUCUGUGGAUGUGCAGGCAAUGUGAGAAAAGUACCUGAAAAAUUAUUUGCCUGAAAUAUAUUUCAGACUGUAAUCUACUUGUCAUAUUUUAGUUUUUUCAGGUAUUGAAUAUUUGGUUUUCAGGCUUUAUCAAUAGCAAGGAAUCCGGGAGAGACCUGAAUAAAUAGCGAUUAAUUUUUUCACUUACUUUAUAAAUAUUGUUUUCCUAUACAAAAGCACUUAAAAAUCAGUGGAAAACAUAAGCUGCAUAAGUCUUGGUUCUGUACACUGUCUUUAACAUCAUAGAGCAUGCCACCACACCUAUGUUUGCGAUACACUGCAGUCAGAGUUUAUUGACUUAAUAAUGGACAGACUUCACUUUAUUGGUGUCCAUUAAGCAAGCAGUGUUCGUCCAGAUAUUUUCUUUUAUAGUUUUGGGUUGUUUUUUUUCCACAUGUCAGCUGUAGAAAUUGAAGACUUGCUGUUUCUCUCUCUAGUUUUCUUAAUCCUUAAAAGUAAUAUUUUUUCCUAGCUAAACCACAGUCUGAAUUUUACAUUUUCCUACAUCUCUGCAUAUACAGUUAAUUGUUUUAGCUUGAUAUGAAGUAAGUUCGUUUUAGUCUAGAAGAAUUUUUACUUAAUGGAAAUUGAAUUAUUUGUGUUCUGUGUCAUGUUUGCUACAACAAAAUACAAGUAUAAUGUUGACUGAGAUUUAAACAGGUCUUUAAAGACAUUGAUGAUUCCUCAUGAAUUUUACUUUUGAAAAAAACUCUGCAAAGCCAUAUAUUUUUUUAAAUGAAAUAGUUUUGCACACAAAAUAAAUACUACUCCUGUAAUAUUUUAAGAAAAA